AUGGCCCGAUCAGAUUUCGAAAAAACGUAUAUUUGGUACAAGGCAGUGGAGGAUUCGUAUCUCCGUCUGUAUGUAUCUAAAAAGAAAUUCAGCUGUUAUGGCAACCAAAUACAGUCCAACCACAAAUUGAGAUUUAAAUUGUUAUUACUGUUAGAGAUUCCAAUUAUUAUUAUUUUGUUCAAGUUCACGUUUAUUAAAAACACUUUGCACACAUGCCAUAAUUAAUCCUUGCCCGCAAAUUAGCCUAUACCUAAUCGAGGAAGGAAGGAAAAGUAAAAAAAGUUACAAUAAUAGGGUUGAAACAUAGCAAUAAAGUUAAACAGAUACACGAACAUCAACAUAUUAAACUAAGGGUACCUUCCGGCAAGUGCCAACGAGGCGAAUUCGUUUAUCUUUUGUGGAAUGUGCCUAUUCAGAUCUUCGCGAUUUUUUUUCAUAAUUUUAGAGGUUUAAAAUGGAUUCCGCGAAAGAAAAGGAUGGCACCCAAGUUCAAAACAACAACUUUGGCACAUUUAAGGCUUUCACUUUUAUUAAACAAUAACAACAUGGCUUGAAGCUUUGUUGGUAGAUAUGAGCAAAUUAGCACUUAUGUUUCUUGGAAAAUUCCAUUCUAGCAAAACUAUAAACGUUAAAAAGUAUAGUUUAAAUGAGGUCUUUGUCUGCUGAAAUUAAAAAUGAUAAUUAAGUUCCGAGCAACAGCGUCAUCAGGGAUAAGAACAUUAUUUCGCGGGGUAAUACACACCAGAAAAAAUUGGUGUCAAGUAAAAUGUGUGAAAAGCGCAAGAAUGGGGCGGAAUGUAUCAGAGGUAUAAAAAUGUAAACUUGAAUAAAAUACAAAGAUUUAAUGAGCGAGUGUCACAGGACAAAGAGUCUCUUGAAAACAAAAGGUCCGCAAAUUCGUUGCAUUCCCCACGGGAGAUUUGGGCUGUCUCAAUGUAAAUCGAGCAGCAAAAAAACAUGCUGCUUGACAAAAUCUCUCGAAAGACAUAAAUAAAUUUUAAAAAAAAGGUCCGCAAACGCGUUGCAUUCCUCACGGGAGGUGCGGACUGGCUCAGUGUAAAUUGACCUGGGAAGAACACGUUGGUUCUGAUAAAAGUUUUGAGAAUAUAAGCCUAUGCCUUGAUCAAUUACCGCUUAAAAUUCAAUUCACAAAGGAAAAGGGAAAGCUGAAAACCUGGUUCUGAGUCGAGCAGCGAACACGCUACCUCAAUGUAAAUCGAGCUGCAAAAAACAAGCUGGUUCUGACAAAAAUUUGAGCGUAAAACCCUAUUCCUUGAUUAGCUGCUGCUUUAAAGGCAAUUUAUAAAGCAAACCAGAGCACUAAUUGCCCUUUCAAACUAGAAAUCGUAUUAAAGCUUGCUCACCUGUUAGGUCCUCUUGAACAGACAAGGAACAGCUGCACACUGAAUCACCCAAUUUCGGACCACGAGUUGUAAAUACAAGACCGUGACGUCACCACCCAAAUAUGGGGUCUUAUUUACACCCAAAUAUGGUCAAAAAUGCAAAUUUUAGAGGGUUACGCAGAAUUUGAGAGUUUUGGCCUACAUUGCGCGGCGUUAUAAUUCUGCCGCCGAGGCAACCUCGCUUCUUAGCUCGGUUGCCUCGUUGGCAACUAUGACUGAAAUUCACUUUUCACUUACGUGCACUCAGCUGAAUGUAGACUAAUAAUACGGUAUAACAUCUGCUAUCUGCGCUUAAUUGUGACUGUUGUGAUAAGUGGAAGAACUUACCCUCAGUGCUUCGGUUUAAUUUCCACUCUAGGAGAUAUGAUGAAGCACACUGAUCAAUGCAGCCAAAUCAGCUGAAACAAAGUUCUAUUGUAUCAGCUGGCGUGGGAAGAUUCCAAGAAUCAUUGUGGGUAUUGUUGAACAAACAACUUCUAUGCACAGCUGAAGUAUAAGGCAGACUAUCUAACCCUAAUUAUCACAGAGAAUUCAUAAAAGAGUAAUAGAUUCAGUCUCUACCGCCAUCUAACACACUCUGCUACCUUCAGCGCGCGAUUCUCUUAAUAAAGGGGGUGAUCUUUGAACCACAAAGGACAGUCAAGUUAUUGUAGUAAAUACUGGUAUUUUUGUAGAAUCGAGGUAAUUUAAAGACAAAAUAUUUAGUGCGUUCUGCUUAUUAUUUGGAUGUUACAUUCUUAAAUUGGGAUCUCAAUUUCAGAUUAACAUAUUGACGCCAUCAUCUGUUAACUUACGUUGGUAUUUUUGGCACAGAAAGUCUUUUGGAAAAUCCGGUUUUCACAUGAACUCGUACCUCCAAUAACCGUCUAGAUCUUUAUCAACUUUGAAGAAACUCUAUGAGAGAUGUCCAGAUAUUUUGGGGUGAGUUUUGAGGGCUAUAAAUACGGAAAGAACUGAACUGAAGAAAGAAGCGCUCUGUAGAUGCAAUUAAACCUAAUACCAAUUUUAUUCUGCCAUAAUAGUCGAUUUCCGAGUUGUCUAUAGCCUCUGUUUCAAAGUGAGGCAAAGUGCAAACCCAUUGAUGUGAACAUGAUUUCUUAUAAUUUCUCAUGCAAAUAAAACUCAUUUUCACAACGACGUUUUUUCGCUUAGCUUCGUUCUCAAAGUGAGCUUUUGAAGCUCUGAAAUGGUUUAUUCGUGGUCAGCUUUCACAAGCCAUCGUCGGAGCAUCUUCUAAAGAGUAGUGUAGGAGCUGCUCGGAUAGUCUCUCCGAAUUCGUCGCAGCAUCUCAUUCUUCCAACUGUUGUUGUUUGGGGUAAGGGAGACGCAGUCCUUCUAAACCCUGACAAGACCAAGGUCUGCGUGUCUGAUAUGUUCAAGGUAGCUUGUGGAGUUUCCACAAGCAGCAUUGCCGAGGGAUUAUUCAGACCGCCGCGCUAUUGUUAACUUUCUUACUUGCGCACUUGCUGGCACCGAAGGUACGCCUUAAUAACGGACAAUUGCAUCUACUUCCGUUUUGCGUCAGUUAUGUGAUAUGUGACAAAUCGGUUUAAUGCCUAGAAGAAGUUAAUUUGCCCGUAUUCACGUCGUAAGUUUCCCUUGAAACUGUUACGAUGUAGGCGGAAUAUUCGCCAUUGUCCAAUUUAUUAUGUUACGGCUCGAUUUUAGGCAAAAUAUAGAAGCAUUUCAACUGAACCGAGAAGAUAAAAAUAAUCCAUAUAAGGCAGAAUAUAUUUAAUAAGCCGGUUUUUAGCUUCCAAGCAAACUCCCACUCCCCGAUCCCCUAGUAACGAGUUUCGAUCAUCGGAUUCAUAAAAAAUGUAAAUGAUUUUUUUGUUUGUUUGUUUCAGGGCCUUGACUUACGCGUUGAGCAUUUUCACUGCUUUAGCGAUCAUGGAGAAGGAGGUCACUACCAUUAUGACGUUACACCUGAUGAGGUGCAAUACAGUGGCUUCUGCAACCUCGCCGAGAAGAUUUAG